AUGGAGGCGAUUAAGAACAUCCGCAUCUCGCCAGCCACCCAUUCUGACUACAUUCGACCGUUGCGCCUCUAUUUUGAUCAGGCUCAGCGGAAGCGGGCGUGGGACGUGAUCAAAUCGCACAACAGUGUUUCCGCCGUUCUAUAUCAUGAACAGAAAAAUGCACUGGUAUUCGUUAAGCAGUUUCGUCCUGCCGUCUACGUGAAUUCCAUAUCGAUUCCGCCCAAUUUUACGGGCCCGAUUGAUUCGGUAGCGAAUCCAACCUCUUUGGGCGUGACGUACGAACUGUGUGCCGGCAUAGUCGACAAAGAUUUGCCCCUUGAGCGAAUCAUGCAGGAAGAAAUCAUGGAAGAGUGCGGCUAUCAGGUGCCGGUGGAGAAAUUAGAGAAAAUUACUUCUUGCAGGCAGGGAUUUCGACACUUUGUUCCGCGAACGGUCAUUUUUUCGACCGCUUUCUUUUUUAGGUCAGGCGUUGGCUUCGCAGGGGCGUCUCAGACUUACUUCUACUCAGCGAUUGACGAUAGUAUGAAGAUUUCAGACGGUGGAGGCAAUCCAUUAGAAUGUGAAUCCAUCGAGGUGGUUCACAUGCCGAUAGACGACGCUGAGGCAUUUCUGCUCGACGAGAAAAUUAAUAAACCACCCGGCAUUCUUUUUGGUGUUAUGUGGUUUUUGAAGUUCAAACUGCCACAGAUAGCGUCUGCGAAAGUUUGA